AUGUUGUCAUCAAUUACUUGUACAGCACCAGUUAACAUUGCAACCAUUAAAUAUUGGGGAAAGAGAGAUGAAAAAUUGAUUUUACCACUCAAUUCAUCGCUCAGUGGUACUUUACAUCAAGACGAUCUUAAAACAACAACCACUGCCGUAGCAUCUGAAAAUUUCACUGAAGAUGCAAUUUGGUUGAAUGGAAAGAAAGAAGAUAUCAAUACAACACGUUAUCAAAAUGUAUUGAGAAUGAUCAGAUCACGUGCAACUAAAUUGAUGGAUAAGAAACAUUUCGUUCACAUUUGUUCGAUCAACAAUUUCCCAACCGCAGCCGGUUUGGCAAGUUCGGCAAGUGGAUACGCCUGUUUGGUGUACGUUUUGGCACAACUCUACGGAGUGAGUGGAGACAUCUCUGCGAUCGCUCGUAUCGGUUCCGGUAGUGCAUGCCGUAGUGUCUACGGUGGUUUCGUCAAGUGGGAGAUGGGUGCCGAGUCGGACGGGUCCGAUUCGAUCGCCGUCCAAGUUGCACCGGAAACUCACUGGCCAGAGAUGAACAUCAUUGUGCUCGUCGUCAACGACAAGAAGAAGGAGACAUCGUCGACCGAUGGAAUGCAGAGAUCUGCCGCCACCUCACCGAUGAUGAAGGAGCGUUGCGCCACCAUCGUGCCACAGCGUAUGCGUGACAUCGAAGCUGCGAUUCAGGCACGUGAUUUCCAGACAUUCGGUGAUAUCACCAUGAAGGAUUCCGACGACUUCCACGAGGUGUGCGCCACUACCGACCCGGCCAUCUACUACCUCAACGACACAUCGCGUUACAUCAUGAACCUCGUUCACAAAUACAACAAAAUGAGUGGAAAGAUCAAGUGCGCCUACACUUUUGACGCCGGUCCCAACGCCUGCAUCUACUUGCCCGAGGAGAACGUCGUCGAAGCGUUGGCACUCUUCACCAAACACUUCCCAGGCUCCGAUCUCUCCACCUACUACAGAGGCAGCGACAAGUCCAACAUCGAAAAGAUCGAACACUAUCAACCACCAAAGAAUAUCCAGACUCUCUUUGCACCAGAGGUCACUUUUGCCGAUUCUCUCAAAUAUAUCCUCCACACAAAGAUUGGUCCAGGUCCACAGAUCCUAGAUGAAUCCGAAUCGCUCAUCGACAAAUCAACAGGACUACCAAAAUACGUGGCUGCUGAUCCAUCUAAAAUUAAUAAUUAA